ACCUUUUGACUUACUUAGUAGUUAGUACUGAUGCACUAAACUUUAAUUUUUUUUAUUUUUAUUUUUAUUUUUAUUUUUAUUUUUUUUUUGAGGGCAUGCACUAACCUUUUUAUAACAAUCAUUGGAAAAAAAUAAUAAAAAAAUGUUACCCUUACACACCAUUAGUCCUUAGCAAGCAUAAAUAUCAUUAUCAUAGAAACAAAAAACAAAAAAAACUAGCUAAAGAGGAAAAUAAAAUUAAGCAAGAUGAAAAAUCAUGUAGUCUGCAUACCAUUUCCAUCACAAGGUCAUAUUAGACCCAUGCUAAAAUUAGCUAAAAUCCUUCAUUAUAAAUUUGGUUUCCACAUUACCUUCAUCAAUACUCUACACAAUCACCAAACCCUAUUUCAAUCUCAACAAUAUUAUCAUCAAAGUAUUACUAGUCCUACCUUUCGAUUCGAGUCCAUACCUGAAUGUAACGAUGACAACAACGACGACGACAACACCACCAACCCGAAAGAUAUCAUGUCCGUGAUCUACUCUAUUUUGAAUAACCAUUUGGGACCUCCCCUUAAGAAGAUCCUUUUAAAACUUGGUAGUAAGGACUAUUACCAAUGUUUGCCUAAGGAUGAUUUGAGGCCACCGGUGACGUGUAUGGUUUCCGAUAUAGGCAUGUCGAAGUUCACCCUCGACGUGGCCGAAGAGAUGGGGAUUCCGGCGGUGGCGUUGCAGACGUGUAGUGGUUGUGGUAUGAUGGGUUACUUGCAACAUCGUCAGCUUCUAGACAAGGGCAUUAUACCUCUCAAAGACUCAAGUUACCUUACAAAUGGCUAUCUUGAUAAGACUAUUGAUUGGAUACCAAGUUUGAAGGGAAUACGAUUAAAGGACAUGCCGAGCUCUAUUAGGACCACAGACCCAAAUGACAAGAUGAUGAAUUAUAUGAUUUCAAGUGAGCAUAGAGCUCUCAAAUCACAAGCUAUCAUCAUCAACACAUUUGAUGCUUUAGAGCAAGAUGUUCUUAAGGAACUCUCAUCCAUUUCACCAAAUAUCUACCCAAUUGGGCCACUCAAUUUAUUAGUAGACCACUUAGUACCAGUAGAUGAGAAUAUUAGGCCCAUUGGGCCUAGCCCUAAGGAAGAUGUUAACUACAUCCAAUGGCUUGACUCCAAAGAGCCCAAUUCAGUUUUGUAUGUAAAUUUUGGGACACUUGUAGUUUUGACCCAAGAAAAACUUGUUGAAUUUGCAUGGGGGCUUGCAAAUAGUCAUCAUAAUUUCUUUUGGGUUGUAAAACCCGAUUUAGUUUCGGGUGGGUCAAACAAUAAUAAUCAUUUUCUCAUUGAAUUUGAGGAAGAGAUCAAGGAAAGAGGCUUAUUAACAAGUUGGUGUGACCAAGAGAAAGUGUUAGGUCAUCCUUCUAUCGGAGGGUUCGUGACACAUUGUGGGUGGAAUUCGAUGAUUGAGAGCAUAAGCAAUGGAGUUCCAAUGAUUUGUUGCCCAUUUUUCGCCGAGCAAGGUACUAAUAGUUGGUAUUGUUGUAAUCAUCUAGGCAUCGGUGUAGGUAUGAGUGAAGCCGUGGAAAGAGUUGAAGUUGAGAGGGUUGUGAAAGAGUUGAUGGAGGACAAAAAUGGCAAGGAGAUGAUGAAAAAGAAAGCCAUGGAGUGGAGGCAAUUGGCAAAAGAAGCAACCUUGAGUCCACAUGGAUCUUCAUAUGUUAAUUUAGAGAACGUAGUCAAUGACAUACUUCUUUCAAUUAAUUAAUCAAACAAGAAAUGUAUUUAUAGCAUUUUCCUCAUCAUAAAAUAAUAUAUAAGAGUAAUCGUGUCGUAUUUACUUUAUUAGACCACAUGUAUUAAAUUCUUUAUACGAUCAAUGCUAUCGUGUAAAAUAAAAAUAUGGGUUGUCAUUACUCUUUAGCCCUUUUACAUAUGAGCAUUAUAAUUUUUUAUUU